GCUGACGAUCCGAUCAGACGCUUUUGUCAAACUGAAGAAGAAGAAGAAGAAGAAGAAGAAGAAGAAGAUGUAAACAAAGAUGGUUUAAUGUCGCAUGAAGCUUCACUGAGCAGAACAUCUGUGUCUGACUGAUGAAGAGAAGACACGUUUAUCUGAAGUCAGGACUCACAUCCUGCAGCAGCCGAUCUGGUCUGAGGAGCAGCUGUGAUGGCGGGGCGUGGUCGUGGUCGGAGGAUGAUGAGUUUCAGCGUGGACGCUGUCGGCAUCAAUAGAGGAGACAGUUUACCUCCGACCAUCCAGCAGCCGACACCUGCAUUCCCGGCAAUGGAGAACAAGCCCCUCCCCCUGGCAGCUGGCGAGGAGGCGGAGUACAUGUUGGCUCUCAAACAGGAGUUCAGAGGAGCCAUGAGGAGUUUGCCCUGCUUCAUCCAACCAGCCGCCCCUCACAGAGAUGUGGAGAGGUACUCUGAUAAAUAUCACAGCUCGGAGCAGACGGACAGUCUGAUCACCUGGACUCCAGACUGGAGGAGAUUACCCAGAGAGCUCAGAGUCGCCAGGGUGCCUCGCAGAGACGGUGUGUCGGUCAGUCGCUCGGUUCCAUCAGGUCAGAAGACACAAGUAAAGGAGAAGGAGGAGAUUCUGCUCAAACUAGAGAGUCUGGAGCAGAAGGAGCAGCAGGGGAGCUCAGAGGAGGAGGAGGGAGAGGAGAAGAAGAAACAGGAAGAGGAGGAGGCUGAGGGAGAGGAGGAGUACGAUGAGGAGGAGUUUGGAGAGGAGACCGACUACAUAAUGUCGUACUUUGAUAACGGAGAGGAGUUUGGAGGAGACAGUGACGACAACGUGGACGAGGCUAUUUACUGAACACACUCUGCCAGGCAGCUGAUUAGAUCUGUUUUCAAAGACUCAGAGCGAAACGACUGUGGACUCACAGCAUCUCACCAGCGGUUUUCAAUGUUUUAUCAAUGUCUAUUGUUUGUUCGUUGGAGAAACGAGCGUACACUUCACGAUUUAAGACUGUUUUUUGCCCCAAUUUCGGAGUCAUACGAUUUUCCACUUCGCCGUGCGUCGUACAGGGCGAUCAAGCAGCGAUUCACUGCUCGAGACCGACAUGUCAGAAAUGUAUCGGCACUGACAUGUCAGAGGGCUGAAGACCACAGAAGACUGAAGUGUCCUGUAGGGGGCGCCGUCUCUGACAGACCCUCUUAAGAUCCAGAGGACCUGCUCAUUCAUCUCAGUAAACUCAUCAAUCAAACUGUAAAUAACUGUCGUUUGUAAAAAAAAAGGUUAAAGAACAACAAUGUGAAUCAGCUGCUUUUUAAUAAACAUUUUAAACGAGA